UUUGGAAAUUAACUGAAUAUUAUAGAAUUGAAAAAACAUGAGGCUCUGACAAGACGUCUUUGUUUUUCUUGAAACCCCCAAUCCGCUCUCGCUCGCCGCUGCCAACGGGGUCUCAGUUGAUUUUCCUCCCUUUAGCUACUCAGAUUUUUCAGUUCGCUAGUUGAAGCUAAAGAGCAAAAACAGAAGGUUUGAGCAUUCUUAGAGAGAGAAAGCCAGUACAAUAAUCCUUUAGAAUUCAGUUUUUGGUAGCUCUUUCUUUUGACGGAAUGUCCAAUCCAUUGCACUACUAAGCAAGAAUAAAAAAGUGGAAGCAAUGAAAAAGAGAAGCCAAUCAGCAGAAAUCAAUGCAUCCCACCUUGUUGAUUUUCACUUUUCUUGAAGCUAUAGAAAAAACAAGGUGUGAGGGGAGAUGGUUGAGGGAAACAUAGAAAUGGGAAUAUUGUACGAGGAUGCUGUAGUGAUCAGUGAGGCUGAGAAGCCUGGUGAGUCCACUGUGAUCACUGUUAAUUGCCCUGACAAAACUGGGCUUGGCUGUGAUUUGUGCAGGAUUAUCUUGUUCUUUGGGCUAAGUAUUUCUAGAGGAGAUUUGCAAACAGAUGGGAAAUGGUGCUACAUAGUGCUUUGGGUGGUGGGGAAUCCAAACACGAGGUGGAGUUUGUUAAAGAAGAGGCUAUUGGAGGUGUGUCCAUCUUAUUUUUCGACAUCUGACAUCUCUUACUACAGGCCAGGUAACCAGGAGCCAAAGCAACCAGAUGUGUUUCUCUUGAAGUUCUGGUGUUCUUAUGAUCGAGAAGGCCUUUUACAUGAUGUAACUGAGGUUCUUUGUGAGCUGGAGCUGACAAUAAAAAGAGUGAAGGUGUCCACUGCCCCAGAUGGGAGGGUGAUGGACCUCUUUUUCAUCACUGAUACCAGGGAACUCCUUCAUACCAAAAAUCGGCAAGAGGAGACAAUUCACUAUUUGAAAGAUGUAUUAGGAGAUGCCUUGAUAAGUUGUGAGAUUGAAUCAGCUGGUGCAGAGGUUACUGCAUGUUCCCAAGGCUCAUCCUUUCUUCCUUCUGCAAUCACAGAAGACAUGUUCAGUUUGGAGCUGCCUGAUCAACACCAAAAUGGAUUUCUUAAUUCCAACCCUGUAACAGUUGCAGUGGACAACACUCUGAGCCCGUCUCACACACUUGUUCAAAUUUUCUGCAAGGAUUACAAAGGUCUUAUGUAUGAUAUGAUGAGAACCUUGAAGGAUUAUAACAUCCAGAUUUCUUAUGGACGGUUUUUUGCAAGCCCAAAAAGGAACUGUGAAGUGGACUUGUUCAUAAUGCAAGCGGAUGGCAAGAAGAUAAUUGACCCCAAUAAACAAGAUGCAUUAUGCUCUCGUUUGAGAAUGGAGCUUCUGCGCCCCCUUAGAGUUGCCGUUGUUAGCCGGGGUCCUGAUACAGAGCUGCUUGUUGCCAACCCUGUUGAGUUGUCUGGGAGGGGCAGGCCUCUCGUGUUUUAUGAUAUUACCCUGGCUCUCCAAAUUCUAAGCACUGGCAUCUUCUCAGUGGAGAUUGGAAGGCAUAUGAUUCAUGACCGAGAGUGGGAAGUGUAUAGAAUACUACUUGAUGAAGGGGGUGGAGUUACCGUGCCCAGGAACAAGAUUGAAGAGGGUGUAAGAAAUAUACUAAUGGGUUGGGAUUAGACUGGAUACUCACUUCAGUUAGGAGCCUUCACCACCAUUGUACAGCAUAUUUUCUUAGCCCUUAUGGAGUCUAUACUACAGCUAGGUGCUAACCACAUACAGAAUGUAAAUCAUGAAUGCCUUAGAAUAGAUUUGGUAAGCUAUUUGAUUUCCUGCCACUGGAAUCGCAUUGCUUUACAAGAUCAGGUUUGGUUCCUGCUAGACCUCCCCUGUUUGAUAGGCCAGGAACAUCGUGAAGGCUGAUGCUCUUUCAGCUUGAGAUCAACCAAUGCAUGAACAAGGGUAUUCUUAUGAUUUCACUUGCUUGCAUGAUCUUUA